GGAUGCUAUAAACGCGGCAUUCUUUGUCUUUUUCAAUCCAUAUUCUUCUUUCUACUGCCGUCCUCUUUGAGAGGAGGAGGAAGAAAGUGAGGAACAGUUCCUCGCUUUUCAUGUCGCUUAUCUGCGAUCGCUAUGGAACCCAAAUCGCAACAGGGAGCUAACGGUCCCCCACCAAAACCUUGGGAGCGAGCUGGGCCCUCAUCUGGUCCUGCACCUUUUAAACCCCCGUCACCUGGUAGCACAAGUGAUGUAGUUGAGGCUUCAGGGACUGCAAAACUUGGAGAAGUUGUUUCAACUGCUGAUAGGAAUGCUGCUGUACAGAGAAACAGUCUUGGUCGGCCUGUACCCACCAGGCCCUGGGAACAGAACUAUGGAAGCAGUUAUGGAGGUUAUAACUCGGGCUUAAAUUAUAACACAGGCUAUGGAUCUGGAACGUAUGGUUCAUAUGGUGGAAUGGGUGGUGGAGCAUAUGGUGGUGGAUUGUAUGGAAAUUCUAUGUAUAGAGGGGGUUAUGGUGGAUCUGGAAUGUAUGGUGGAUCUGGUAUGUAUGGUGGGGGAAUGUACAAUGGUGGUUUGGGAGGCCCUAUGGGUGGUUAUGGAAUGGGCAUGGGAGGUCCUUAUGGUGAUCAAGAUCCAAAUAAUCCAUUUGGGGCUCCUUCAUCACCACCAGGCUUUUGGAUUUCUUUCCUUAGGGUGAUGCAAGGUGUGGUUAGCUGUUUUGGCCGGAUUUCAAUACUAAUAGACCAGAAUACCCAGGCAUUCCAUAUGUUCAUGACUGCGCUUCUUCAGCUUUUUGAUCGCUCUGGGGUGUUAUAUGGGGAGCUUGCAAGGUUUGUCUUGAGAUUGCUAGGGAUCAGGACAAAACCCAGGAAAGUUCAUCCGCAGGGGCCUGAAGGAUUGCAAGGCCCCCACCGUCCCCAUGGUGGCCAAAACUACAUUGAGGGACCGAAAUCUGCUCCAGCCGGUUCAUGGGACAGUGUCUGGGCAGAAGAUGCAAAUAAAUGAGAAGUCAAAGCGAGAGCCAGAGUUGCACCUGUUCAGAGGUGAAGGUGCUGUAGUAGCCCAAGGAGACAACAAUUACUCAUCCUUUCAGUUUGUUCAUCUUGUAAAACAUUUGAUAAAAGGGAAAAUUGCCUGUGAUAUAGUUUUGAUUCUAUAUAUAUGUUCUAGUAGUAAAAUGUAAGACAACCGUCUUUGGCGUUUGCAAAUAAUGUGCCAUAAUGCACCUUUUGAUAUUUAUGUUAUUAGCUGCUGUUGAUUUCCUUAAAA